CCUUAACUUAAAAAUUCGAAACAGAAAAAACAUCGAAAAUUUAAUGCAAAGAUGCGUGCGCGGAAACAUUCAUCACGACACACGUAAUAGGAGCCUCGAUUGACCGCGCAAAGUAAAUUAAGGGCACUGGAGGAAUGUUUGCGCCUCCUGGCUCAAGAUGCGAAGAUGGCCGCCAGCAGCGAGACUCUGGCGCGCUUCCGUUCCACAGCAGAGAGCAGUGACCCCCCGCAGGCUCUUUCAUGACGCUCAACACUUUCGCGUUCCCUGUGCAUCGUCCAGUGACAUAAUCGUGAGCCUUCACAACAUAGGGGACCAGCACCGCUCAAGCGACCCCUUACUCAUCUGGCUCCCGCCAUUCUCGGCUUCACACGCCAUCAAUCUCAAAAGCGAAUCCUGGGACGGCUCCAGCAGCCCUCCCGUCGCCGACAUACCAUCAUGGCUGCCACGGUACCCGACUGCCGUCAUCAACUACAGGUGGUUACCCUUGUCCGAGGACGAUCCUGAGUUGCCGCCGCCUGAGAACGGCGACAGCAUCACGCCGUCGCGCUGGCCGACCCCCAUCCACGACGUGCUGUUCGGCUACUCGUGGAUCCUCAACAACCUCGCGCCGCCCGACGGCGAGCGGCGCGACGUGUACGUGUGCGGGUCGUACCUCGGGGCCGGGCUCGCCGCCGGGCUCGCCAUGACCGAGUCGCACGCCCGCCAGCCCAUGGCCGUGCGCGGGCUAGUGGCCUACAACGGCAUCUACGACUGGACCAUGUUCCUUCCCGACCACCCAGUCCGCCAGCACCGAGGAGCCAAGAAGGACAAGCCGUCCUCUUCGUCGUCGCAAACAGCGGGGCGAGUAAAGCUCCCAUCGCUCGCCUCUCUCCGCCGCUCCUUCGCCAAGGCGCACCCAAAGAACCAGGACCCGGCGUUCCGGCUGCUCAAGCAGCGCAUGCCCGCCCUCUUCGACACGCCGGGCGACCUGUUUGACCCGUUCGCUAGCGUGUGCCUAUUCUUCCACAGCGCCGCGUUGCACGUGCCGCCCGACUUCACCACCAGCGUCACCGCCACCGCCGCCGCCAGCGACAUGUCCCGGGCCAUUGACGCACUAGCGUCCUUGUCCCUGCCCCCGCCCUCUUCCUCUUCCCGCUGGGACGAGCAGGGUUACGGCGACGACGAGUACCCGCGCUCGGACGCUGUCCUGCUCGCUGCCACAAAAGCGCCGCGCAAGGGCUACCUGACCUUUCCGCCGCGCAGGUCGACGCUGGUGGUCCCCGAGACGCUGCUGCUCUCAUCGUCGUCGUCAUCGCUCUCUAGCAGCAGCAGAAACGACAACAGCAGUGCCCCUCCCCCGCCGCCACCGUCUUCCUCCACAACCACCGGAGCAACAGCAGCCAAAGCCUCUGCAUCGGCAUCGGCAUCCGCAUCCGCAUCCGCAGGACCGACAAAGGCAAGGCGGGCCACCAUGCGACGGAAACUCGCCGGCGACGAGCAGCACCAGCACCAGCAAAAACACCAGCACCAUGACCCUACUGAGAAAAACAACUUCACCGUGCAGGCGCACGAGCUGGGCUGGCUGAUGCAGCGCAGCGUGGCUAUGGUGGAGCUCAAGGAGCGGAUGCGGCGCGAGACCGAGUUCGAAGACUUUGACGCGCGCGUGGCGGAAGCCGAGCGCCGGGUCCAGUGCGAGAGCGUGAGCAGCGAGGCCGGUCCCGAGGGGGUCGCUGGGGAGGGGGUCGCUGGGGAGGAGGAGGAGAGUAGCAUGAGCGGCGGCCUGGACGAGCGCGGCCAGGAGCUGGUGGCCGAGUGGCUGUAUGAGAGAAUCGGGAUGUGAAAAGGACUAGAGAGAUUCUAGAGGGAAGCGAGGGUAGACGAUGGA